AUGGAAUAGAAUCUUACUUUACCGGAAGGAUUUUAAUUUUCUGAUGGCAUUAUCUAUGGUCUUACAAAAGAAGGUCUAUUUCACAUUAAGUUACACAAUCCUAAGUAGAAGAAUCCAAUAACUAUUUAACUUAAUGCAAAACUUCAAGAGCUUUUGAGAUACGCAAAUACUGAGGAAAAGGUAAAAGUUGUCCUUGUAUAUGGAGCUGAAGGAAGUUUUUCUUCUGGGGCUAAAGUGCUGGGUGUUUCUAAAGAAGAAAUACUUGCCAUGCCAUUGGAGGAUAGAAUCAAAUUUAUGGUGAGUUUCACUCUUUCAUUUGCUCUUUUAGAGAAGCCUUUGUACUAUUUCAUACAGGGCUGCGCAGUUGGACUAAUGGCAACAUCAGUGGCCCAUGCUGAUUUUGCAUAUGCAACUGAAGAUGCAUUCUUUUUCACUCCCUUUGUAAGUAUGAAUUUAGGACCAGAAGACUUAAGCUCUUAUACUUAUCCUUAAAUAUUUGGAAGGAAAAAGGCAUCUGAGCUUCUCUAUCUUGAUCAAAGAAUGACUGCUUAAGAGGCUCUGAAAUAUGGUCAUCUAAAUGCAAUAAUGAAGAAAGAAGAUGCUCCAAACACCGAGCCUAUAAUAACUGACAUUUCAAAGCUACCUAAUUUACAAAAACUUUUGAAAUCAGACCCAAAAACUCUUUAAUAUACAAAGAAGAUGUUUAUUCAAGGUUAAGAUAUUGAUCACAUGAGAAAAUAAGUUACAUCUGAAUUCUACAGAAUAGAAUCAAAAAAAGAGACACCAGAAUUUUGGUAGAAUAUUCAAAAAUUUGCUGCAGCUAUUAAGAACAAAGAUCAGCCUAAAUUGUGA